AUUAAACUAGACGAGUAAAUUGUGCCGCAAAUCUAGCUGGCCGAGAUUUGCCGCCUCUAAUGUUGACACUAAGCCAGACGGAGGGGCGGAGUGAGAGCUGUGGAAGGAGCUAAUGGGAGGAGGGAAUCAGAGAAGUGGUUGUAGGAGGAGUCGACCCUCCUGGUGGGGUGCGCAGAGGCAGUCAGUCGGUGGGAUGCCGCCGCGCUAGGCAGACGGUGACUCCCCCGCGUCUCCCAGGCCGUGGCACCACACACCUGCUGACGCCUCUCGCUCGGCCUCUCGGGGACUGGCAUGGCACUCAGCGACCCAUGACACUAUGAGAGGACUCAGCAGGCGGUGCAGGCAUUCCCGAGUGACACGCCGAGACUUUACUACUCUGAUACCCGUUUUCUAACACACGACGUACAAGAGUGCACGUGUAACUCUUCCAGUCAUCCAUUUCCUUACACAAAUAUUACAAACGAAGCUGAAUAGUGCUAAAUGAGAGUAAGGGAAGCAGGGAAAAGGCUCACCUUCUUCCUGAGUCUGAGGAGGUUCCGUGAUCGCCUCAGUCAUCGGGGGUAAUGAUUCACUCUGCCGUGGCCAUCGGGCUGGUGCUGGGCUGAGGCUGAGGGUGCCUGCCUGAGCCCCGCCGCCCUCCAGCCCGCCCCGCCCCACCCCCAGGCUCACGCACCACGCCCGCCCUCCCUCCCUCCCUCGCCGCAGCGGGCUGACCAACAAACCCACGCUUACUACUUCAGGUGUGGGGGCGAGGAUGGACCGUCGGCUGGUGCUGCCUCUAGCCGCCCUUCUCCUCCUGGGCCGCGGGGUGCGGCCGUACAGCGACAAGACGGUGGAGAUCGUGGAGCUGGUGGUGCCGGAGUCCCCUAAGGUGGGCGACGACGUAACGCUGACCUGCCGCUUCAACCUGGUGGGCAACAACCACCGCCUCUACACCGUCAACUGGUGGCGCGGCAAGGACCAGUUCUACACCUACAAGGGCACCACGCUGGACCGCAAGCACGCCUACUCCUUCCAGGGUAUUCAGGUGAAGGAGGAGGCGUCGACGGAGGAGUCUGUGGUGCUGCAGGACGUGUCGGAAGACACUUCGGGGUUGUUCAAGUGUGAGGUGAUGGGCGAAGGUCCCUCCUUCCGCACCGCCGUAGCCAACAAGACUAUGACUGUCGUGAUUCCACCGAGAAAGGUGGAGAUCCUGGCGCGGUCUCAGCCCGACCCGCCUGUGUAUCAAGUGGGCGAGACGAUACACCUCAACUGCACAGCGACGGCCGCCAAGCCUCGCGCCACCCUCACCUGGAAGAUUGAUGAUGUGCCGGUGGAAGGUCAUCACGUUCUGCGUCUCCCUGAUUACGAGGACCAGCGGGGCCGCAUCACCUCCACUCUUAACUUGGCCUGGGACCCUCCGGCCUACUUCCAUAGCAACGUUGCCAGGGUGGCGUGCCACGCGGUGGUCGGCGGCCACACCACCAUCGCCACCAAGGACAUCUACCUCAACCCAGCCUCCAGCGCGGCACUCAACCACCUGUACGCCUCCAAAGGAUGUCAACUUUCGACCACCUGGACCAUCCUCAACCUGGUCUUCUUCUUCCUCGUGCGGCACUCGCCCUAGCACUGCCUGUCGCUGACUCACAGGUCGUGCCCAUCUAAUUAAUUAAAGUGGAUAAGACGCCAUGAAAUAAAAAAAAAAGUAUCAUGUAAGAAAAGAGAUAAAGGAAAGGAAAAAGAAAAAGAAAGUGUUUAAACUAAAAUCGAGAGGAAAAAACAAACAUUUUAUCAAUUUUUCCUUAGGAAUAAGAUCUAACGAAACUAAGGAAUUAUAAAAUCAUAAAAUAUUGAAGGUAAAGUCGAGAGAUAUAAAAAUAUUCCAUUACUUUUCCUUCGGACUUUGAACCAAGCAUCGUCUCGUAUUCAGUCAUAACAAUCCCACGGCUUUGUUAUCCGGUUUUUGCUUCCUGUUCAGGCGCAAGCGACUCCUGUCUUGGCGAGGAAAACGAUACCUGCCCUUGUGUCUGUGUGUCGCUGAGAGGAAUUAAAACACCAAAAGACAGAGAGACAGAAAGGCUUGAUGUAAGUGGCGGAUGCGGGAUAAGGGAAUAAACACGGACAAGGACACUGGCCAGUCACGCAGCGAACCACAAACACAGCCACGUACGAGGAGGAGUUCUGUGAUGUUUCCUUCCGCCGUUGUUUGUUUUGUUGGUUCCUCUCUUCCCUAUCUUCCUCCUACCGUCGUUUUCUUCCACCCAACCUUCAUGUCUCCUCACUCCACUUACUCUCCUCCACAACUCCUCCUCCAUCUUUUCUCAUGUUUGUCUGUCGCUCUUCUUUCCUAACCACACCUCGACUUCCAUGUCUGUCUCUUCCUUCUCUCCUUUGCCUCCAUCUAUCCGCCUCAGUCAACAUUCCUCCCUAUACGCUACGCAUCUAACUUAACCUCCCUUUCUACUCGAAUUAAGAAAACCCCCAUUACGCAGCUCAUCUAUAGGUUAACUAAAUACGAACAAGUUACUUUCCCUCUGUUCACGAUGGAGUAAAGCAUCAUGUGUUUAUGUACAAGAGAAGACAGGGUGAUCUAAAGCAUAGGCUUCUUAUAAAUAUAAUGGAUUUUUUUCCAUCCAUUAACAGAAAAUUGCCAAGUGCGUGAAACUGUUUGGCAAUGUGUUUAAUUCAUCAACAUUCCUCUGAAAAGCCCCUGAAGUCCCUUAAGCUUCGCAGGAAUUCGAGUACAAGUGGAAGAAAGAAUGCCACUGAAAUGUCCCGAGGAAAGAUGGAAGUACACUCUUGCAUUGGAGAGCCGGACAAACCUAUGUAUUGCAUAAACAUGUAUAGAAAUAUAAAGACGCAUGUAUUCUGCCAGGCGCUUCAAAUGAGUGUUGUUCCUGCAAGUGAUGUUGAAUGACUUCGGAAAUGAAAAGAUCAAGGUGUUGGACAUCGUUAAUGAGAAAACAAUUGUUGAAAAUUUGAAUAAUACGUUUAUGAGGAAGGAAAUAAUGGAGUGCAGUGGCAGGAACUUCCUCUGCGCAUGUAGCAGCGACUGACUGAAUAUCAGUGACACGGUGAGAUGAAAGAAAGAAAUUUCAUUGAGUGACGUAAAAUGCUCCAUUAUGUGUUAAGACAAUGUAAAUAAGUAUAUAAACACAAAAAUAUUUCGCAACGUAAAGCAUUUAAAGAAAAGUUGCGAGUUUGAUCCUGGCUCACGGCAGUUACUCAGCGGAAGAGGUAGCGCUUUCUUAUAACCCUAGGCGGCGCCAUAUGACCUUGUUGUGGCGCCAUGACUCUUACAUGCUCUCCUCCGCAACACGUGACCGAGACGCGAAGCUUGACAAAUGGAAGGAAGGCGGGACCUGCUUGGUAAGGGAGCAACACAACGCUGCCUCUUCUCACCUGUCACCCCCUUCCUUACCUGCCUCACCUGUCUCGCCAUAACAGGAAGUAAUCAGAACGCACACACCCAUCCACCCACUCACCCACCCACAGACACACACACACACACACACACACACACACACACACACACACACACACACAACAGUUAUCUGGUAAGCAAUAUACUUCCUACUAGUAUAAAUAAGAUAAAAUAAUAAUAAUAAAAGAUAACCAUUGACUGUAUAAACAGCUAAAAAAGGACAAUCAAUAUUAAAUUAAACCACAAGGCAACACAACACAACAUAACACAACACAGUACAACGCAACACAACACAACACAUGCAACACGCCCGUCAAGGUAUUGGGGAAGUGGGAAAAAAAAAAAAAUUGUGAAGACACUAGCGAAUAAAAUGGCUCUCUGAAAAUGAAUAAUGAAAGAGAACAUUCCACUCCCUCUUCAAGCGUCGAUAAUAUUAAGGUCAGUGGUGAUGUGGGAGUCUGUGGGGCGCCUGUGUGCUGUGUAUUUGACCUGCUGCUAUGUGCCUCGCGUGCUGUGUAUACUAAACCGCUGACGUGAAGUGUGUAGUAAUGGAAAGAAGACGAAAAACAUACAGUACUCUCUUCCUCUAUCUUCAGUGCUGUCUCUCAAUCUCAAGUCCGCUGAUACACUAAGAAUCAAUCAAUGGUCAAGUUUUGUAAGGAGAUUGUCAGCAGAUUAGAGGACUUAAGACAGGGAAAGGUAAAACAGUGGUAGUGAGUGCAGUUACAUUUCUCGGCUUCUAACCAAGACUGUGCCGCCACACCCACAGCUGCUCCAAAAAAAAAAACUAUGUAUUAAAAAAAAAAAAAAAACAAGAAAAAUUAUACCAAGAGAAAGAAAAAUCCGCUCUUUUAUAUCAAAAAAAAAAAAAAAAAAAAACUAACCUGCAAAAAGAGAGAAAAUGGAGGGAAAAAUAUUAGUGGCUUGUAUAUCCGCAUUUUAUUUUUACUUCUUUUUAAUCCACGUAUUUUUUUUUUUUUUUCUGGAGCUAUCAUUCAUCGCAUGACGAAGACGCAGGUGUAGGGAGAAGGAAGAGGAGAAGAGCCCCAGACAUCCACUGCCCUCGCCCCGUCAUGUCCCUCGAAGCCUGUCUCGCCCCUCCUUAGCAUUACAAAUUAACAGCCGUAGAUCAAAUAUAAAAAUCAAUGUAU